AUAUUUUUAAAAUUAUAGACAAAUGCCCAUUAUUAAGAGCCUCUCCACCUUUUCUUCCCAAAGAACUACACCUAAAAUCUCUAAUCUCUAGCCUUGUAUGAUUAAUGGAGAAUAACUCUAUUACUUCGUCUAUACACAAAUCCAUUGCUUCCAAAGGAACAACAACAACCAAGGAAUCAGCCGAAGAAAGCGGGUGGACUGCUUACUUCGAAGAUUUCUCCAACAACAAUCAUUCUCAUCAACCAAAAACCUACUCUCCUGGUUUCAGUUGCGGCUCUUCCUUGAUCUCCGACGCCGCAACGACGGCCGUCGUGGCGCGUAAAAAAUCCCACGAUGACCAUCAUGUGUUGGCCUUCCCUUCGACGGUUCCCAGCAAAUUGAGGUUCAAGAAAACAGGAACCAAAAGAAUCUGUGAGGAUGAUUCUUUGGAAGAUACUGCUAGUUCUCCUGUUAAUACUCCCCAGUAGGAUAGAAGUAACUUCAAAUCAAAUGAUAUGAAUCCUAGAAAAAGAGAAGAAGAUCAAAUGCAUAGUUCCCUGGUGAAGGAAAUUAAUGGUUCAGAAAACUAUUCCAAGAAUCAGAUUGAAGAAGAAAAGAAAAUGAGAACUGAUAUUGGGAUGAAGAAAAGAUGGGUGUGUUUACCUCUUUGUCAAUGUUGGUUAGCUAUUUUGGUUAAUUUCAUCGUUAUUCUCUC